UCCAGGAAUCCACGCUUCCUGGAAGGUGAGUGGCUGGGCUCACCCCUGCCUGCCACCGAGACGCAGACAUGCACACACCACCCGCACUCCCGCGCCGUUUCCAAGGCGGCGGCCGCGUUCGCACCCCGGGGUCUCGCCGGCAAGGGAAGGACAAUCUGGAGAGGGAUCCCUCAGGAGGGUGUGUUCCGGAUUUCUUGCCUCAGGCCCAAGACUCCAACCAUUUUAUAAUGGAAUCUUUAUUUUGUGAAAGUAGCGGGGACUCAUCUCUGGAGAAGGAGUUCCUUGGGGCCCCAGUGGGGCCCUCGGUGAGCACCCCCAACAGCCAGCACUCUUCUCCCAGCCGCUCACUCAGUGCCAACUCCAUCAAGGUGGAGAUGUACAGCGAUGAGGAGUCGAGUAGACUGCUGGGGCCAGAUGAGCGGCUCCUGGAAAAGGACGAUAGUGUGAUCGUGGAAGACUCGCUGUCGGAGCCCCUGGGCUACUGUGAUGGAGGUGGGCCAGAGCCUCACUCCCCUGGUGGCAUCCGGCUGCCCAAUGGCAAGCUCAAAUGUGAUGUGUGUGGCAUGGUCUGCAUCGGGCCCAACGUGCUCAUGGUGCACAAACGCAGUCACACAGGUGAGAGGCCCUUCCACUGCAACCAGUGCGGGGCCUCCUUCACGCAGAAGGGGAACCUGCUGCGCCACAUCAAGCUGCACUCCGGGGAGAAGCCCUUCAAGUGCCCCUUCUGCAACUACGCCUGCCGCCGGCGGGACGCGCUCACCGGCCACCUCCGGACGCACUCGGUCUCCUCGCCCACGGUGGGUAAGCCCUACAAGUGCAACUACUGUGGCCGGAGCUACAAGCAGCAGAGUACCCUGGAGGAGCACAAGGAGCGGUGCCACCACUACCUGCAGAGUCUCAGCACUGAAGCCCAGGCGCUGGCCGGCCAGCCAGGUGAUGAGAUACGUGACCUGGAGAUGGUGCCAGACUCUAUGCUGCACUCAUCCUCUGAGAGGCCCACGUUCAUUGAUCGUCUGGCCAACAGCCUCACCAAACGCAAGCGUUCCACCCCCCAGAAGUUUGUAGGUGAGAAGCAGAUGCGCUUCAGCCUCUCGGACCUCCCCUACGAUGUGAAUUCGGGUGGCUAUGAGAAGGAUGUGGAGCUGGUGGCACAUCAUGGCCUGGAGCCUGGUUUUGGAGGUUCUCUGGCCUUUGUGGGGGCAGAGCACCUGCGUCCCCUCCGCCUUCCACCUACCAAUUGCAUCUCAGAACUCACGCCCGUCAUCAGCUCUGUCUACACCCAGAUGCAGCCCCUCCCCAGUCGACUGGAGCUUCCAGGAUCCCGAGAAGCAGGUGAGGGACCCGAGGACCUGGCUGAUGGUGGUCCCCUCCUCUACCGGGCCCGCGGCCCCCUUACUGACCCCGGAGCAUCCCCCAGCAAUGGGUGCCAAGACUCCACAGAUACAGAGAGCAACCACGAAGAUCGGGUUGGGGGGGUGGUAUCCCUCCCUCAGGGUCCCCCACCCCAGCCACCUCCCACCAUUGUGGUGGGCCGGCCCAGUCCUGCCUACGCCAAAGAGGACCCCAAGCCACAGGAGGGGUUACUGCGGGGCACCCCAGGCCCCUCGAAGGAAGUGCUCCGGGUGGUGGGCGAGAGCGGUGAGCCCGUGAAGGCCUUCAAGUGUGAGCACUGCCGCAUCCUCUUCCUGGACCAUGUCAUGUUCACCAUCCACAUGGGCUGCCAUGGCUUCAGAGACCCUUUCGAGUGCAACAUCUGUGGUUACCACAGCCAGGACCGGUACGAAUUCUCUUCCCACAUUGUCCGGGGGGAGCACAAGGUGGGCUAG